CUCUAAAAACACCACAUAGAAAAUUACAUUAUUACGAAAUGACAAUAUUAAAAUAUACGGAUCCUGACAACACUAAUAAUAUUGCUAUUGGUUUAGCCACUAAACCUUACUUUCAUAAUAGAUUACCUGGUUUAAAUUUAUAUUCUGUUGGUUAUCAUUCUAUAAACGGUCAAAAAUUUAAUAAUGAUAAUAUUGGGAAUGAAUACGGACCUGAUUGGACAAAAGUUGAGGACACUGUUGGUUGCGGGUAUUAUUCUGAUAGUGGGGAAGUUUUCUUCACUAAGAAUGGAAAAUUUUUGGGUAACGCUUUUACCAACAUAAAGCAUAUUUGGUUUCCAACAAUUGGCGCUAGUAGUCCUUGUAUGGUCGAAAUUAAUUUUGGAGAUAAUCCUGAUAAUGAAUUUAAAUACAAAGAAGCCAUAGGUUAUGGCCCUGGUGGGCCCAUUCUAUUAAGUAAGAGAAGAAGUUUAAAAAGUCGUGGUAGCAUUAAAGGUUCGCCCAGUGAAAGCAAGACAUAAAUGAGAGAUCAGCAAUGGGUCAUGUGACAUUUUUUUCGAAGUUCGAUAUCUUAAUAAAAUUACUUUAUUCAAUAGAAAUUGUAAUAUACUGUAAAUACAUAUAAAAUAAUAAUAUAAAAAUAAAUUUACA